AUGAAAUCGAGUAUAGUGUUUCGCAUUUUGGUUUAUGAGAUUGAGUUUUUGAGAAGAUCUGAUCCGCUCAGACUUGAUAUCAAAAAAAAAUUUGCUCAACAAUCAGAGAGAGUGAAAUCUGUGGAUCUGCAUCCCACAGAGCCAUGGAUUCUAGCAAGUUUGUAUUCUGGAACCGUCUGUAUUUGGAACUACCAGACACAGACGAUAACAAAAUCCUUCGAGGUGACCGAAUUGCCAGUUAGGUCGGCCAAGUUUAUUCCACGCAAGCAAUGGGUUGUGGCAGGAGCGGAUGAUAUGUACAUCCGUGUCUACAAUUACAAUACAAUGGACAAGGUCAAAGUAUUUGAGGCUCAUUCGAAUUACAUUAGGUGUGUUGCUGUCCAUCCGACCCUCCCUUAUGUGCUGUCAUCUUCUGAUGAUAUGCUCAUAAAGCUUUGGGACUGGGAAAAUGGUUGGGCCUGUACUCAAAUAUUUGAGGGACAUUCGCACUAUGUGAUGCAAGUGGUUUUUAAUCCAAAAGACACCAAUACUUUUGCCAGUGCAUCGCUUGACCGUAGCAUAAAGAUAUGGAAUCUUGGUUCCUCAGACCCAAAUUUUACACUGGAUGCUCAUCAGAAAGGAGUCAACUGCGUGGAUUAUUUCACAGGGGGUGAUAAGCCCUAUUUAAUUACUGGCUCUGAUGAUCAUACUGCUAAGGUAUGGGACUAUCAAACUAAAAGCUGUGUCCAGACGCUAGAAGGUCACACCCACAAUGUAUCUGCAGUAUGUUUCCAUCCGGAGCUUCCAAUAAUACUCACAGGUUCUGAGGAUGGCACUGUUCGCAUUUGGCACGCCACGACUUACAGGCUAGAGAACACAUUGAAUUAUGCUCUCGAGAGAGUUUGGGCCAUUGGUUACGUAAAAAGUUCGCGCAGGGUUGUGAUUGGAUACGAUGAAGGAACCAUCAUGGUUAAACUUGGACGAGAAAUUCCUGUCGCUAGCAUGGACAGUAGCGGAAAAAUCAUAUGGGCUAAGCAUAAUGAAAUCCAAACUGCAAACAUCAAAAGUAUUGGUGCCAGUUAUGAGGUUACUGAUGGAGAAAGACUUCCCUUGGCUGUUAAAGAUCUGGGAACCUGUGAUCUUUAUCCACAAAGCUUGAAGCACAACCCUAACGGGAGGUUUGUCGUAGUCUGCGGUGAUGGAGAGUACGUAAUCUACACAGCUUUGGCUUGGAGAAAUAGAUCUUUCGGUUCUGGACUGGAAUUUGUUUGGUCAUCCGAGGGGGAAUGUGCAGUUCGAGAGAGCUCGUCAAAGAUAAAGAUAUUCAAUAAAAAUUUCCAGGAAAAGAAGAGUAUUCGGCCUACUUUCUCAACUGAGAAGAUUUUUGGAGGAUCCUUGUUAGCAAUGUGUUCAAAUGAUUUCAUCUGCUUUUAUGAUUGGGCUGAAUGUAGAUUGAUUCAGCGAAUUGAUGUCACAGUAAAGAAUCUUUAUUGGGCAGAAAGUGGCGAUUUAGUAGCAAUUGCUAGUGAUACGUCAUUUUACAUCCUGAAGUACAAUCGUGACUUGGUUUCCUCGCAUUUUGCUAGUGGAAGAUCAACUGAUGAAGAAGGUGUUGACGAUGCUUUUGAGGUGCUCCAUGAGAACGAUGAACGUGUUAGGACAGGUGUAUGGGUUGGGGACUGCUUCAUUUACAACAACUCUUCUUCGAAGCUUAACUAUUGUGUUGGAGGCGAGGUAACCACAAUGUAUCAUUUGGACCGUCCAAUGUAUUUGUUAGGCUAUAUUGCCAAUCAAAGCCGGGUCUACUUGGUAGACAAAGAAUUCAAUGUCAUAGGAUAUACUCUGUUACUUAGCCUGAUUGAAUACAAGACUCUUGUGAUGCGAGGUGAUUUGGACAAAGCCAACGAAAUUUUACCUACAAUUCCUAAAGAGCAGCAUAACAAUGAUGCUCACUUCUUGGAGUCUCGGGGAAUGAUUGAGGAUGCUUUAGAAAUCGCGACAGAUCCUGACUACAGAUUUGAGCUGGCCAUUCAAUUGGGUAGACUUCAAAUUGCUAAGGAAAUAGCUGAAGAAGUGCAAAAAGGGAUGUCAAAACUUGCAUCGCUUGCUAAGGAGCAGGGAAAGAACAAUGUCGCCUUUCUUUGCUUAUUCAUGCUUGGUAGAUUGGAAGAUUGUUUGCAGUUAUUGGUGGAGAGCAAGUGGAUACCAGAAGCUGCUCUGAUGGCACGGUCUUACCUUCCAAGCAAAGUUUCAGAGAUAGUAGCUUUUUGGAGAGAAGAUCUGAGCAAGGUUAAUUUAAAAGCAGCAGAAUCUUUGGCUGAUCCUGAAGAGUACCCAAAUCUUUUUGAGGAUUGGCAAGUUGCUCUUUCUGUUGAAGCGAAUGCGGUAGAGGCGAGGGGAGUAUACGCUGCUGCAGAAAAUUAUGCAACCCAGGCUGAUCAACCUUUCAUUACCCUCGUCGACGCCUUCAGAAACCUGCAAGUUGAAGCAGAGGAACCACUUGAAAAUGGAGACAGCGAUCACGAGGUAGCAGAAGAAAAUGGUCAUGCAGAGAAUGAAGGAGGCGAAGAGGAAGAAGAAGAAGUGAAUCAAGAAGAGGGAGGUGUUGUUGAUGAAGACUCUACAGAUGGUAGUGCUGUACUUGUUAAUAGAAGUGAGGGUGAGGAAGAGUGGGGUACGAAUAAUAAAGGAAACCAAUCAUCAGCCUAA